AUGUCGGAUAUAUUGUGCAGGUGGCUGAACAAGGAGCUCCGGCUGUCAAAAGCUGUUGAGCCAAAGACCUUUGCCAAGGAUUUCUCCAGUGGUUAUCUAAUUGGGGAGGUUCUGCAUAAAUAUCAGUUGCAGAACGAUUUCAGUAUGUUUAUGAAGAAAGACACCUCCGUCUCCAAACUGAACAAUUUUACCCGUCUUGAGCCUACUCUCCAUUUGUUGGGGAUUUCCUUUGACACGACCAUAGCCCAGGGACUGAUGCAGGAGAAGCAAGGGGUCGCCACACACCUCCUUUACCAGCUCUUCGUCUCACUGGAAGAGAAGAAGAAAGCAGAAAUCAGUGAGACAGUGAUGGAGAUUAUGCAGCCUGCAGCCAAUGCUGGCCUGCACAAAAUAGAGCAUGAAAUCUAUUCUGAUCGACUGCACCAGGUGGUAAAACGUGACGCAGAGCUCAAGUUGCAGAAAAUUUCUCAGCACUAUGAGGCAAAAUGCCAGCAAUUGACUUCAAUGUCGCAGCCAGUCCAGCAGAAGACACAGCUCAAAGUCCAGGAUGAGAAGAGAAUGAAGAAUACUGAGAAGCUGCACGCAUAUCGUCAGAAGCACAAUGACAUCAUGACUCGUAACCAGGCCGCUAUUGUCCACGUGCCAAAGCCACCUCCCUACACUUCACUGCUCAACCUCAAGAAGAAGCAACAACAGCAGCGACGCCGAGAACAGCAAGCACAGACGGUCCAGACUGAAAUAACCCAGUUUGAGACAAACAGGAAGAAACUGGUUACUUCUGGUUUUGUUUCCUCUUCAAGUGAUCAGCCAUUCACUGGAAAUUGCCAUGAGGUUUCUGGAAGUGGAUCUAAGGUCUUACUACAAUCCAAUAGCAAGUACAUUCAGGAGAUCCGCCAGAGGUUGCAGGAGAAUGCUGUAGCUUGCGAGCAGAGAGAGAAAAGACGAGACAGAUUCCUGGUAGAGCAGCUCAUGUCCCAUGAAGCUCAAGAGGAAGCAAGACGAGAGGAGCAGUUGGUGAAACGCCUCACACGUCAGACUCAGCAAGAGCAGCGCUUAGCAGUGCAGCUCCUUCAGAUCCGCAUGCAGAAGGAGGUGAUCAGGGAGAAUCGCCUGUUCAGAGAGCAACAGUACCAGCAGCGGAGAGAGAAGGACUUCCAGGAAGCUCUGGAGAGGGAGGCGACUUUGGCUCGGCAGGUUAAGUUGGACCAUGCAGACGAGAUCAGAAAGGAGCUUGAAUUCUGUAACAGGAUUGCUGCCGAGCGUGCUCAGAGCAGAUACAAGAAGCACUUUGAGAACUGCAGUGGGAUUUUGGAGCAGAUGAUGGACUUGGCCACAAAGGUUGGAGAAUAUCGACUGAUCACUGGGAAUCUGAUUCCAGAGAAGCUGAUGAAAGAGUGGAAGGAACUGCUGUUCAAUGGGCUGCCUCUUUAUGAGCCAAUAAAUAUGGAGGGCCAGCAGCCGGGGUUUGAGUUCUCUGCCCCACUAGACCUUGUUGAGAUUAAGAAGCAGGAGAUACUCAACAACCAGGACUAUGAUGAAUAUACUAACAUGGUAGGUGAGUGGGCAUGGCCAGAAGAAGCAGGGGAGACCAAUUUACCCCCAACCAACAACAGGAUUCUUGGACAUGUUGUUCUGCGGCUGAGGAACAUUGUCCAUCCAGCCAUCGUGGAAUCCCCCACACCUUCAUUUCCUCACUUUGUGCUCAAAGCCUGUGUCCUGGGCAAGUUUUGCUCUGGCAAGACCACCUGCCUAGCCAAGAUUGCUAAAGCCCAUGGCAUCUAUGUCUUAUCAGCUGACACACUGAUUGAGGAGGCAGUGACUGCUUACCAGAAUGGAGAAGAGCUUUCUAUCCGGGCCAUGCAGGGAGGAGCUGCAGAAAAUGAGCUCAGGAAUGGCAGUGCCAUCCCUGAUGAGCUGGUGGUGAAUAUUAUAGUAGAGGCAAUUAGGCAGAUUCCAGCCGGGUCAGGUUGGGUGCUGGAUGGAUUUCCAGUGAACUUCACCCAGGCCUGUCUGCUAGAGAAAGCCCUUGGUGGGUCUGUAGAUGUUGGUAGUGAAGUUGUAAACAGCAGGACAGACCUUGCUAUUGAUCCAAAUCCACCGCCACCACCACCGCCACCAGCUCCUGCAUUGGAUGUGGUUCUACUGCUGGAUAUUUCUGAUGAGUGUGUUGCCAGACGGGCUAUCAAUCAGACGGAUACUGAUACUGCUGCUACAACCUCUACAGAAAAUAAUAUGUUUCUAGCACAGAUUCCACACAGGAUCACAGCUUUUCAGGACACCUGGCCCAAACUAGAGGAAUGGUUUGGUGGGAAGCAAAACAUUUUGAUUCACGUUGAUGCAGAUGUAGAGGAGGAGGAGCUUUGUAAUAGGGUGGAGUCUCUCCUGCAGCAAGUUAUGAUGCAAACACAGGAAGCUCCUGCAAGUCCUCCUGUUGAGGAUGAUGUAGUGUUAGACGGUGAGAAUACUCAAGUCUCCUCAACUGUCACACCUGCACCUCUAGAUCAAGGUCCAACCCUCACAAGCCAAGACCCAGACCCCACAGAGUCCAGUAUCAGCCUUAAUGAGCAAAAGGAUGAAAGUGUGACGUCAAUUUCCAAAUCCAACACACAUUCCCCGAGAGGUCAGUCAAGGAAGGCUUCAUCUUGUUCAUUGACCAAUGAGGACUCUCAAGGAGUCCCUAAGAACCCACCUGAGUCUGCCUCUCCCCGGCCAGGUUCAUCCAGUUGGGUCUAUGUGGAUGAACUUCUGCCCCCAGAAAUUCCAGAGUACCUGUGCUCCCAUUGGGAUGCAGUGUGCGACUCUUACGUGAUCAACAUAAAGGCAGUUAUGGAGGCACUGCGCUCAGAACACACUCUUAUUAUCCAUCACCUAUUCAACAUCAGAGAGGAGUAUAAGCAUUACUUGGGGCGUCCAGACCUGAAGCAGGAGUUGGUGUCUCAGUGGCAGAAGGACUUCAACAAAAUACCUGAUGAUAUGAGAGAAGACGAAGAUACCAAAGCGGAGCUACAUCAGAGACUGGAUGAUCUGCGAGAACGUUUGUGGGACAUUAGUGACAAGCGUAAAGAAGAAGAUGAGCAAGAGAGGGCUUUUCUCAUGGGUGAUGGAUGGUUAGAGGAUCACACAGCAGUCCUAUUAAACCACCACUCUAGACUCAUGCAGGUGGAGUUGAACCGUUUCCAGGAUACACUCUGUAUUCUCAAGGUUUACUACCUGAGCAUGUACAAAGAAGUGCUGCCUGAGCCUCCCUCUGACUUUGUCUGUAUCCCCCUACUGGACACUCCAGAUAUGAAUGAUCAGGAAGAAAGAUAUAUUGAAUCAUCAGGAGUGGACUCCAAGAUGAAUAUCCAGGGUCAGACAGAACCUGAAAAGUCACCCCAUGAGAAACUGAUCUCCGACCACAAGGAGGCACUCACAGCCAUCAGCAAAUUGAUAUCAGAAGAGGCCCGUCUAAGAGACAUGGACACAAAAGAGCAGAAGGAGAAACCACAAGAGAAGGAGAAAGAAAAGGAGAAGGCCCCUGCAAGCCCACCAUCCCCUCCUCCUGCCCCCAGCCCUGCACCCUCUGAUGAAAAAAACUCAGAGAAGGCUCAUCUUCACAGAGUCAGAUGCAAAAUACAUGAAGAAUAUGCAGCUGCACUGGAUCACGAGGAGCAUGCAGUGAAGGUACGCCUCGUGCUGGUGAAAGGCCAUGGCUUAGUGUUGCUGCAGUCUAUGCAAAGCAGAGCAGAAGAAACCUUCAGCAACAUGGAGAAGUGGUUAGAAGCACGUUACCUUGCAGAAAUGAAGAGUAUUGACCAACUAGCAGAAGUGGUACGCUACCACAUAGAGUCUGGUGCUAAGCUGCAGAAUGAGCUGGUGUUGGAAGGAACUGACUUCUAUGUAAAUGGAGACUGCCACUUGGUGGCUAGCCCGCUUCCCCCUCCUCGUCCACCUCCUCUGGAGAAACACACACGGUCCACUCUGACCAUCGUUCAGUUGGAGACACUCUACCAACUGUGCAACAUGGCUCCAUCAGGUUUCAUGUCCGUUUCUGAGUUCUCCAGUUUGCUGAAGGACAUCAUUUCUGUUAGCAUGGGCAGCAACACUUUGCCUGAGCCUUGGGUCAAUAUCAAUGAAACACAGUUGAUGGAGAUAGCAUCUCUACUAUUGGAUGACUAUGAGCUGAUAGACUGCCGUCGGUUCCUGCUCAGUGCUGCACUUCCUUGGCCAUUUCCUUCCUUAACACACCUGUUUGCAGUGCUGCAGCGUUUCAAGGCAGCUGAUAAGGGUGACACUGGCUGGAUCAAUGAGGAACAGUACCUACAGACAGAGUUAUGGUUUCCCAGUGAGAGUGUUCAGUCCGUCCCUGAGGACCCCUCUGAGCCUCUGCCUUAUGACCGUCUAGCUAACCUACGCAAAUUCUUUUUCCGAUUGUUUGCGGACCACUCCGUCUCUCCACCUCGUCUGGACUAUGUGUCAAUGCUGCAAUACUUUGCAGCUGAUCCUAACCCCAAACAGGGGUUCAUCAGAACACUUAGUGUUGUGAUGGGACAACAUCUCAAGCACCCAUCAUUCAGCCAUCUUGUCAAGUCUAUGCCCAGUUUAGAGGAGGCUUCAGAGUUCAGCUCCUCAGAGCUUGAUGGAGAGUACAAGGAACAAGACACUCCGUGCCCAUCAAGCAAUUCUUUUGGGGAGCAGCAAGUGUCCAUCCCUGCUGUCCUUGCUGUCAUCUGCCACAGACUCACUAAGAUGAGAGAUGACAGCCCUCUUCCUCCAGGGUGCAUGAGUCAGCAGGAGCACACUGAGCACCUGGCGCAUAUAUUCACAGAACUUGGUUUCGGGCCUGAGGACCAUAUCCCCUUUUCAGUUUUCUCUCAGCAUCCUUUCACCCAAGGCCUGAUGGAGAGCUCAGUGCACCACCAGCUCAUAAACAUUCAUAGAGUACUGGUGGCCCAGCAGGAUGAAGGAGAGACUAACAGCUUGGAUGUUUCCUAAAUGAUAAGACACAUAUACAUACUGCUGUGUACAUCAUGACGAACUUGU